GUUAUUCGCCCUUCAAAACGCUGAUAUAUGGUUAACGACAAAAGCUAUUAAAAUAAUGUGACAAUAAGAAAAAAAGGAAACAAACGAUAGUGCCAAAAUCUAACAAUAGUAAUAGUCAACAAUCAAGAGGAAACAAUCGACAAUCAAUAUUAUCUAAAAUUAUCAAUAACAUUUUGGUUAGCAGGAGUCAUGGUGGUGAUCAUUUUUGUGAAUCAAGAUGAUAUCAAGAAUGAUGAUUGGUCAUAAAAUGAUGAUUGAAAGGAUUUCAUUUUGUUUCAUCUUUUUACUAUCUUUCCUUGUGACUGGCUCCACCAGCCUAGAGGACAGUGGUUCAUGGGAAACGCCGAUAGUUCCAACAGACUCAUCGUUGAGUCCUUCGACCAUUUGGAACUCAUUGGAACUCACUUCACUUGAUAAUUUUACUCAACCAUUUACUGGACCUAAGUGUUCCAAUCUGGACAAAUGUUUGACUGCGUUGAGAGGACGUAAAGUUGACUCUGAACGAGAACGAAACUGUGCUUGUGAUCAACAAUGUGCUGUUUACGGUGACUGUUGUAAUGACUCUCCAUGGCUUGAAGGGUCAGCUACUCCUUUUAAUCGUUCGUUUACUUGUGUUGAUAUACCAUCUCUUGGUGGAUUUUACAUGAUUACUCAGUGUCCCGAUAAACUACAAAACUCUGAUUUACGAGAAAAAUGUGAACGAGGCAGCCUGGAAUCAGACCCAAUGGCUUCUUUACCUGUUACAGAUGUCAGUAAACAAUUGACUUAUCGCAACAUUUUCUGUGCGAUGUGCCAUUCUGAUUCGAAAAACAAAGUUUUCUGGAAUGCAAACCUAGCCUGUUCCAAUUUGAAUAAAAAUGAGCACACAUUGACAGAAGAUGAGAUUCGGUCAAACCUUGUAUUUGACUUUCAACUCAAUAAAUGGAUAGUUAACUACACAUCACCCAAUGGCUCUCAAGUGAUCAAGGAAUGCUCUAUUAGUCCUGUUUUUCCUACUUCAGCGGAAUCCUCAAUUCGCUCUUGUAAACCUGGUCUCAUUGAAUCUUGUCCAAGUUCAUGGAGUGAUGAAACUGUAGCAAAUGAAUGUGCUUCAUAUCAAGCGUCUCGAUUCACUGACCGUGUUGGCUAUCGUAAUACAGCUUGUGCUCUCUGUAAUGGAGUAAACGCUACAUCACUCAAAUGUUCACCCAUUUUGACUCGAGCUCUCGAUAGUGGAGCCGAUGGUGUCAUUGGUCGAGCCUCUCAUCCACAUCUAGGAUCACCAUUUUACAGUGGCAUAAUUUCAUUUAGUUUACUCCUUGAUAUGAACGAAGGUUCCAAGGGUAACUCGACUGUUGGUAAAACCAACCCUUGUCCAGAAUCUGAUCAAAAAUGGGAUUUAUUUUUUCAAUCUUGCCGAUCACUUGUGUGUGGAUUUAAAAACUAUCGGUUGAUUAAUGGACGAUGCUUGCGUGAAAAUGAACCUGAAUCGAAAAUUUUUGGUAACAAACCAGUUAAUCAAAAUUCAACUAAAUCAUUAAACUCUCUGUUUCCCGAAGAGUCAAAGCAUAAUGUAAGGUCCAUAACGACACAAUAUUAUGAUUUCCAGGAAUGUCCGAUGAUAAUUUUGACUAGAAACGAGAUACAAUUUUUGGAGAUUGAAAAACAAGAACUAAAGGCAAACUCAGAAUCUUCAAUAAUCUACGUUCCUCGGUAUAACAAAACAUUCAACUCUACCAACUAUCUAAUGGUUAAAGAUUCAAUUUACAUUUGCUCUGAUUUUCUGGACUAUGAGGUUUCACUGAAUAAAUUUUCUCAGCAGAUGGGAUUGGUAACUUUAAUUGGAUUAGGAAUCUCUAUUGGAUCUUUAGUUCUUCAUAUCAUCGCUUUUACUUUGGUUUCUGAUGUUCGCAACCUUUCAGGACAAAACCUCGUCUGCCUGUCAGUCUCCCUGAUCUUGGCUUAUUCAUCAUUUAUUUGUAUGCAAGUAUUGACUAUUCGCGAAUCAACACUACUUUGUCGUAUAACUGGAGCAACAGUACUUUACUUUUUCCUUGCUUCAAUGGCUUGGAUGAAUGUCAUUGCAUGGGAUGUUUGUCGGACCCUACGAUUGGCCACAGUUGAAUUACGAGUAGCCAGUGGUAAACAACGAGGAAGAUUUUUCCUUUAUUCUUUGUAUGCUUGGACAAUAUCAGGAUUAUUUACUGGUGCUGCUUUAUUAGCUGACUUUCUUCCUUCCGAUAUAAUACCAGAAACUAUUAAACCCGGUUUUGGGUUAUCUGGUCAUUGUUGGUUUCAACGUCGUUCAGCAUUGAUCUUGUUUUUUGGUUCGCCUGUUGCCUUGAUAAUGUCUAUAAACUUGAUUAUGUUUAUAUUGUCAACAUUUAUGAUUGGCUCAACUACCCGAGGAACUGCAUCUUUUACUCAAAUAACUACAGCUCGAACAAAUUACAAGCUUUAUCUCAAACUUUGGCUUCUCAUGGGGCUAACAUGGUUUGUUGGUUUUCCUGCCUCUUUCUUGGAAUCUCUUACUCUUUGGUAUAUCUUUAUUAUUCUCAAUACUCUUCAAGGUUUAUUCAUCUUUAUCGCUUUCUCAUGUAAACGGAAAAUCCUUCGAACUAUCAAAAGUAAACUAUCAUCUCUUACAUCUUCUUCGGUGGGUGGCUCAUAUUCGGUGGCUACUUUAAGUCAGAACAAUUCUAAAUUGUCUUCUGAAUCUGAUCUUACCAUGAGAACAUCUUGUCAUUCAUAUCAUCAACCAAAUCAUCAACAACAAAAAUCUCACCAUUUUUAUCCUCAUCACCCUCCAACUCAUGCUUAUCUGCAGUCCAAUCAUUAUAAUAUUAAUAACUAUGAAAGAAAAAUGUCUAACCGACAUUGAAAUUGUAAUCGAUUUUUAUUUCGAUAUUUUUUGACGAUAAUUUUUUAAAUAUUGUAGCUUUACACAAUUCUUUUGCUAAUCGUAUUUUAAAAUAUAUUUGUGUUUAGGAUUUCUAAUGUGCCAUUAUGGUUUUAUAGAAAAUUAAAGUAUUAUAAAAUCAAUAAACCACUUUUUACGAAAUAAAAAAA